CUCAAUAGGAUUCAGGUCAGGACUUGGACUAGGCGACUCCAAAGUCUUCAUUUUGUUUUUCUUCAGCGAUUCAGAGGUGGACUUGCUGGUGUGUUCUGCAGAGCCCAAGUUGGUGUCAACUUGAGGUCAGCAACAGAUGGCCGGACAUUCUCCUUCAGCAUUUUUUGGUAGACAGCAGGAUUCCUGGUUCCAUUUAUCACAAAUAUGUCCAGACUCCUCCUCUUUAUGAUAAUGUGACAGGAGCAUCUCCAGCUCAGAGACGAGCCUCCAUUCCGAAUCAAGUAUGUGAUCUCUUUUAUCCUUUCAUCCUCUCAUCUUGGUCGAUGAACUUCAUCCCUCCCACAGAGCCUUCACGCCGCGGCAAAGUUACUUUCUUUCACUUAAAAGUUUACUUUUUUUUCCUCCGAUAAUUCCACCGACCGGAAUGGCAACGACAACUCCGGCCGCUCCAACGCUGCUCCCCGUGGCUCCGCUCGGCCACCACCCGGCGCCGAGUUCCGCUUCACCGGCCACUCACUCACCGCCACCCGCGGCCACCUCCGCCACUUCCUCCCCGGCUCCUCCGGCGGCGCGCCCGACGCUGCUCCACCAUUUCCGGGCGGAUCUCUUACUCUCGAACGGGACCCAGCUGAAGGUUGGCCCGUUGUCCGGUGCUCCCAGCAAGCCCGUGUACGCCACGCCGUCGCCGGUGGAGAGCACGCCGCAGAACAACGAGUGCAGGCUGGUGGAGGUGAAGGGGGCUAAGCUGGCGUCGUUCACCGUGAAAGAUACGGAGCUCAUUUGCCUGCCGCAGGCCUUCGACGUGUUCCUCAAGCACCUCGUCGGCGGGCUCCACACGGUCUACACCAAACUCAAGCGGCUGGACAUCACGCCAGUGGUGUGCAACGUGGAGCAGGUCCGGGUGCUCCGGGGACUGGGGGCCAUCCAGCCCGGCGUCAACCGCUGCAAACUCAUCUCCAGACAGGACUUCGAGACGCUCUAUAACGACUGUACCAAUGCGAGUUCAAGGCCCGGACGACCGCCCAAGAGGCUGCAGACUGUGACCGAGGGCGGAACUCACCACAUGCUGUCCCACAGCGGUCUGAUGCACGCCGGGAUCAUGCCUCCAGCAGAUUUGUCCGCCUUGGCGAAGAAGAUCAAGCUGGAGAUGGGCGGUUACCACAGCAACCAACAACAUCAUGGCGGCCCCAAUGGAGAGAAUGGCGAUCACAGUCCCGGAUUGGUUCUGGACCAGUUGCCCUUCAUGAUGAUGUCACAUCCUCUGAUCCCGGCCAGUCUGGCGCCUGCCUCCGUUUCCAUGGCGAUGGGCCAAAUGAACCGACUGAGCACGCUGGCCAGCAUUGCCAACAUGGCGCAGCUCCACGCCAGCCCCGCCGCCCGGGCCCCCGCCUCCGUCAUUAAGGAGCGCAUGCACGACAGCCCCUCCCCUUCCCCCUCGCUGGAAGAAGCUCAGAUGUCAUCCAAUCACAGCAGCAGCGUGUCCAGUUCGCCCUCUCACACAGAACGGCCGACAGAGAACAUACACCAACUCCAUGAUGGCGUCACAUUAAGUCACUGUGUGUUAGCACAGUCCGGCAUCAGAGAGUCAGACUCGAUGGAAUACGGCAAGGAAAGCAAGCGGGGACGCACUGACAAAGAAUCCAACUCCGCUGAUAGACAAGUCUACCAGAACCCCCCACCGAGCUGCGAGAAGGCGCCUUACCCUGCGGGACAGAAGCUCCCAGCAGGUCUCCACCACGCUCCCUUCAUCUUCCCGGAAGGCUUGUCCUCCAUAGAGACCCUGCUCACCAACAUCCAGCAGGGUCUGCUGAGGGUUGCCAUAGAGAACGCCCGGGCGCAGGAGAAGCAGGACCACCUGGAGAGGACGGAGCUGAAGAUGGAGCUGGUUCGAGAGCGGGAGCUCCGGGAGACGCUGGAGAGGCAGCUGAGCGUGGAGCAGAAAAACAGAGUUCUCAUCCAGAAGCGUCUGAAGAAGGAAAAGAGGAGUAAGAGGAGACUUCAGGAGGCCUUGGAGGAGGAGGUGAAGCUACGAGAUCAGGCCGAGCACGGCUUGAUGCACGCCGCCAACACGCUCGCAGAGUGCGCGACCCAGGACGCGGACGGGAGCGAGCACGAGGACAGCAGGAUGGACACCAAGGCCACAGUGCAAGAGGGCAGAGUGUUCCUGCAGACAGCUGGGAUGUACUGAAGAGACGCGUUUCCACUCUUCUCGCCUUUUAAUUUAUUGCAUUUAUCACCAAAUCCUGGACCCUAGUUGAGAACCUUUCUUCCGAUGAUGUGUGGGUUUGUUUUUUUUUCCCUUUCCCAUCGUUGUUUUUUGUCUGGACACAAGUGAUCAGUGUAACACAACUGUGUACAUAUCUAGUCAUGGCUUUUGUUGUUAUUAUGAUGAUUAUUAUCAGAAAAGGCAUGUUGUAUAGUCAGUACAUGUACGGUGUGUGUAACGCAGUAGGGCAGUUUGACACAAACAAUACAAAUACUUUUUAUUAUUAAAGUGUCGUUUUGGAGUCUUUUUUUUCCCUUUCUUGAGAGCUAACGCACAAAAAAGAGGAUUCAUUUCAGGAGGGAUUUCGUCAGCUUUUUCUUUUUCUAACUGUGCUUUAUUCAUAGCUUCUGUCAAGGGGAUCCAAAGUCCGGCUCGUUCAUCGUUGCAAAAUAGAAUGAAAAUUGACACAUAAAAUUAACGCUAAAGCUAAUCGCUGUUUGCUUGAUCUGUAGCAAAAAGGCUGAUUUUUAUUUCAAUCUAGUCAACUGUAGCACAUUUUUGCCCUGCAGUCUGAAGAAUAUCAAAGACUUUGACCGUUAGGAUGAGAACUCGGCGAGGGACGAUGCGCUGCCGGCCCCCAAAAUAGAUGAACGACGUUCCUCGACAGUUGAAUAAAAGUUGCACGCAUGGAGA